UCCCAUUUUGUGUCACAGCGUAGGCGGUGUAUAUUGAAAAAAUUUUGAAAUCAUUUGAUAUUUUUUUCUUUAUAUUUACACGCCUUGUAAUUCUGAGUUAAAGACUAGUUUGUGGAUAUAUAUUGACUCAUAAACAUGGAAGGAAAUACUGAAAAUGUAUGUACCAUUUGUGGCACAAAAGUAGACAUAACCGACUGUGAACAUUAUAUAUGUAAAGAGUGUGUCCUUAAAUGGUUUGAGAUUAGUUCAGAAGAUUGUGUUAUAUGCACCAUUAUGAAGUUUGGUCUUCCAACCAAUGAACAGCCUCAAUCUGCAGCAGACAAGGCAGAUAAAAGGAAGCAGUUUCAUAAAUCGAAACAAGUUGAAGAAUUUGGUGUUCCAACCAAUGAACAGCCUCAAUCUGCAGCAGACAAGGCAGAUAAAAGGAAGCACCUUCAUAAAUCGAAAAAAGUUGAAGAACUUGGUGUUCCAACCGAUGAACAGCCUCAAUCUGCAGCAGACAAGGCAAAUAAAAGGAAGCACUUACAUAAAUCGAAGAAAGUUGAAGAAUUUGGUGUUUCAAACAAUAAACAGUCUCAAUCUGUAGCAGACAAGGCAGAUCAAAGGAAGCACUUACACAAGUCGAAGAAAGUUGAAGCCAAUCAAAUUCAACAACCACCAAAUCCUAUUUCUCACUCUCGUCAAAAUUUCAUCGAUCGUAGCAAAGGCCAAAAAAAUGCUAUUUCCAAACAACAUGAAGGUAACAAUGGCAACAAAAACAAGAAAUCUGAACAGAAACAAUUGGGUCGAAAAAGAUUUCCUAGACCAUCGUAUGUCAAUCGUAACGCUGCAAGAUUGGAGCCCAGAGCCCAGGCUAAUCAAGUAGAUGGAUUUUGGGGCAUUGUUCAGAAUGUAUUUGAGGUGCUAAAUGUAAUACACACCUUAUUUCUAGUAGGUUUAAUAAUAUAUUGGUGUUAUUAUUUUUUUUAAACCAUAUUAAAAAGAUGAUAAACUAUAUUAAAAAAA